AUGUGGCGGCGCGGGGCGCACGCCGACGCCGUGCACCAUCUCCCCACCGCGGGCCCGGGCGCGUCCUUCUCCUCCACCGCCGCCGCGGGCGCCGCGGCCGCGGCGCGGAGACGGCGGCGCCCGGGGCUGCCGUGCCGCCCGAGCCACCUCUUCUUCGCGCUCCUCGUGGCGCUCUUCACCGCCUCCCUGCUAGUGGUCUGGCAACUGCUCCCCAUCGGCGACGGCGACGCGGCGGAGGGGGACGCGGAGGCGCCGCCGCGCCUCGAGGGAGGCGAAGCCGGGGCGAUGCGGUUCUCGUCCUCCAGCCUAGUGCUGCGCGCGUUCGACGGCGAGAGCCGGCUCGAGGCCGCGAGAUCCGAGCGGCGGCGGUGGGCCAGCCUCGCGCCCGUCAGGGUAGCGCUCGCUGUUGGAAAUAUGAACAUAGAUGCACAAUCUCUGAUGCUUGCAACUGUUGCGAAAAGUCUUGUGAGUCUGGGCUACGAAGUUGAGGUUUUAGCGUUUACAGAUGGGAAAGCUCGUGAUAUUUGGGAAAAUAUUUGCCUUGUAAAUAUUGUGAACGCUGGGACUUUGAAAUCUGUCGACUGGUCAAAGUACAAUGCUGUGCUAUUAAGCUCUCUCGAAGGGAAAAGGGUUGUUUCAAUUCUUAUGCAGGAACCUUUCCGGCUUCUACCAGUGGUUUGGCUUAUACAUGAAGACACUCUUGGACAACGUCUUAGAAAUUAUGCAGAGUUACGUGAUUCCAUUCCAAAUGUCAUUGAAGAUUGGAGGGCUCAUUUUAAUGCAUGCGCUUAUAUUAUUUUUCCAGAUAGCUACCUUCCUUUCUUGUACUCGCCUCUUGAUUCUGGAAACUUUUUGGUGAUUUCUGGUUCUCCAGUUGAUAUCUGGGCUGCUAAAAGAUUUGGUUCAUCACAUUCUGAACAAACUAUAAGAAAGCAGCAUGGGAUUGACAAAGAUGAUGUCGUUAUUUUGGUCGUUGGAAGCUACUUGUUCUUUGAUGAUUUGCCAUGGGAUUAUGUCACAGUCAUGCGUGCAUCAGCUCCACAAAUUUUGGAUAUAGCAAAAACUAAAAAUCUGAGGGUGCAGUUUAUUUUUUUCUGUGGAAAUGGCUCUGAUGCCUACAAAUCUGCUUUCCAGGAACUUACCUUGCACAUGGGUUUACCUGAUGUCUCCAUAAAGCAAUUUUCCAUGACUCAUGAUAUUAGGAACCUGUUAAUGUUUGUGGAUGUUGUUCUCUAUGGAUCUUUAAGACAAGAGCCUGGCUUCCCUCCUUUGUUAUUGCGGUCCAUGUCCUCUGAAAUUCCAGUUGUUGCACCAAAUCUUACUGUUAUAACAAAAUAUGUCAGUGAUGGUGUCCAUGGCUUCCUUUUCGAUUCUGCCGAUCCAAGCACGAUUUCUUCAGCUUUCAUACAAAUUUUAGGAGAAAAAAAGCUUUUGGAUACUGCCUAUUCUGUUGCUCUGGAAGGGAAGCUACUUUCCAAGAACAUGUUAGCACAUUAUUGUAUUAAAGCUCAUGUUAAGCUUCUUGAAAGUGUUAUUCAUUUUCCUUCAUAUGCAAAAUUGCCAUCUUCUGUUUCUAAAGUUCAAGAACGAACAUGGUUGUGGGAUCCUUUCGAGAUGAAAGCUAUUGAUGAAAGAGUGGAAAGACCUUUGUUAUCAUGGGAUGAAGUGUACAAAAACGCUCGUAAAUCAGAAAGGCUAAAGCCAGAAGGAAAUGAACGUGACGAAGGUGAACUAGAAAGGACUGGGCAACCUGUGUGUAUAUAUGAGAUCUAUAGUGGAGAGGGGGCAUGGCCAUUUUUACACCAUGGAUCUUUGUAUCGUGGUGUUACACUUUCAAAAGGUGGAAGGCGACCGAGAUCAGAUGAUGUUGAUGCUGUUACCAGGCUUUCAGUUCUAGACAACCCAUACUAUCGAGAUCUUCUUUGUGAAUUUGGUGCUAUGUUUGCCAUUGCAAACAGAGUUGAUAAUGUACACAAGUUACCAUGGAUAGGUUUCCAGUCAUGGCGGGCUGAUGGAAGAAAGGUAUCCUUGUCUGAAAGUGCUGAAAAAACCUUAGAGGAAAUUACGUCUGGAGAAAGUAACGAGGAUGUUGUAUACUACUGGUCACCAAUGGAUAUGGACCAAACUUCUGACUUUUGGUUGACGUGUGAUUCUCUAAAUGCUGGCAAUUGCAGAUCUCUUUUUGAAGAUGCAUUUAGGACUAUGUAUGGAUUGCCAGAGAAUGUCAUGGCCCUUCCACCAAUGCCCAGUGAUGGCGAUCAUUGGUCUACUCUUCAUAGCUGGGUCAUGCCCACCCCAUCAUUUUUGAAAUUCAUCAUGUUCUCAAGAAUAUUUGUCGAUUCACUUCAUAGCUUGAAUGUGAAUAGUACUGAGCCAGCCUCUUGCUUCCUUGGGGCAUCAGAACCUGAGAGAAGGCACUGCUAUUGUCGAAUCCUGGAAGUCCUUGUAAAUGUCUGGGCUUAUCACAGUGGAAGGAAGAUGGUCUACCUUAACCCUUUCACUGGGGAUACCAGAGAGCAGCAUCUGCUCGAUAAAAGAAAUGGGAUGUGGGUAAAGUUCUUCGAUUUCACCAUUCUGAAGAGCAUGGAUGAGGAUCUGGCAGAAGAAGCUGAUGAUGGCAUGCAUCCUGGAAAUGAUCAAUGGCUGUGGCCAUUAACUGGUCAGGUGUUCUGGCCUGGCAUUGCUGACCGGGAAAGGGAGGAUAAAUAUAUUAAAAAGCUAGACAAAAAGCUCAAGAACAAGGUGAAGUUACUUGAAAGGCAGAAGUCUGGUUACAAGCAGAAGCCCUUGGGACAAUGA